AUGAAGGCCACUAAAAGGCAGUCUGCUAUGAAAGAGUUGGUCAUGAUUCAGCCAAGGGCUCUUGCCCAGCUUUCUGACACUUUGGCCUCAACCUCGGGUAACGUAGCGUGUUCGCCUGCGGCGGAUUCUACUUCACCUCGUGCUGCUUUGGCCCGACGGUUACUUUGCGAGCCGCUUCGUACGAUCAUUGUUCCCUCGUCGAUUCGUCGGAACUCCUUCACCCACGAACAAAAUUUCGAUCAUGGAGAUUCCCGUCUGCCCGACAUCAUCGCGUUUCGGCAACAUGCGAUGGCAUUGGCAGACGAGCUCUUCGGAUUACACGUACGUCAGCGACUACGAGGAAAUCAUGCACCUCCCUUCCACCCCUCUCCGCGUCCACCCUUCGCUACUAUGCCCACCUAG